CGCGAGGGUUAUGUUUUCUGCUUCUGAACGAGGAACCAAACCCUGCUCUUGUAUCUCUCUCACCGUGAUUCGUAACAAACACUGCAUCAUCAGAAUCGUUAUAGAUCGCGGUGGCUCCAUUGGGGUUAGUUUCUCCCCUUCAAUCUCUCACCUUGAUGUUGAAAACAUUCAAAUCCUCAACCAAUGUGAGUAGGGUCUCGCUACUUCGCUUCAAAAUCCCUUUUUUCCCACUUUGCACAACUGCCCCGGGCAGCAAUUUGUAUGAUAAUGAAUGUGAGAGUAGUGACACUGAGACAGAGUGGGAGAGAUUGCUCAAACCCUUUGACCUCAAACAGCUUAGAAGGUCACUCGCCCCAAUUAGCCCUUUUCAGCUUUGUAAAUUGCUGGUGCUUCCUCUUGACAUUCCCACUUCAAUGGAACUGUUUCAAAGGGCUGGUGCCCAAAAGGGGUAUUGCCACACCUUUGAUGUCUACUGUCUCUUAAUUGAUAAGCUUGGGGCUGUUGGGGACUUCAAAGUUGUUGAAAACUUGUUGAAGCAAAUGAAAGAUGAAGGAGUUGUGUUUAAGGAAUCACUCUUUAUUUUGAUCAUGAAGCAUUAUGGGAAGGCAGGGUUGCCUGGCCAGGCAACUAGGCUUUUGUUGGACAUGUGGGGUGUUUAUUCCUGUGACCCUACUUUUAAGUCCUAUAAUGUUGUGUUGCAGAUUCUGGUUGAUGGGAAUUGUCCUAGGGUAGCACCUAAUGUUUUCUAUGACAUGUUGAGUAGAGGUGUUUCUCCCACCGUGUAUACCUUUGGUGUGGUCAUGAAAGCCUUGUGUAUGGUUAAUGAAGUUGAUUCGGCUUGCUCGCUUCUCAGGGACCUGGCGAAGCACGGGUGUGUUCCAAAUUCUGUCAUUUACCAGACCCUGAUUCAUGCUCUCUGUGAAAACAAUAGAGUGAGUGAAGCGAUGCGGCUUUUGGAGGACAUGUUUCUGAUGUUCUGUGAGCCUGAUGUUCAGACCUUCAAUGAUGUCAUCCGUGGCCUUUGCAGGGCCGGUCGGAUUCAUGAGGCAGCGAAGUUGGUUGAUCGAAUGUUUCUUCGAGGUUUCAGCGCAGAUGCUCUCACUUAUGGAUAUUUAAUGCAUGGGUUGUGCAGAAUGGGGCAAGUUGAUGAAGCAAGGACCUUACUGAACAAAAUUCCCAGUCCCAACACUGUGCUCUAUAAUACAUUAAUCAAUGGAUAUGUUUCUAGUGGAAGGUUUGAAGAAGCCAAGGGUCUUCUGUACAAUAGCAUGGUAACUGCGGGUUAUGAACCUGAUGCCUACACGUUUAACAUAAUGAUCGAUGGAUUUUGCAAGAAAGGGUAUUUGGUUUCGGCCCUUGAAUUUUUAUCUGAGGUGGUAGCAAAAGGCUUUGAGCCCAAUGUGAUCACGUACACCAUAUUGAUAAAUGGUUUCUGCAAGCAAGGAAGAUUCGAGGAAGUGGCUGAAAUUUUGAAUAGCAUGUCAACCAAGGGUCUGAGUCUGACUACAGUUGGGUACAAUUGCUUGAUCGGUGCACUGUCAAAGGAUGGGAAGAUUGAAGAAGCUUUACAACUGUUUCGCGAAAUGUCAACCAAAGGAUGUAAACCUGACAUUUAUACAUUUAAUUCUUUAAUACAUGGACUGUGCAUGAAUGAUAAGAUGGAACAUGCCUUGAGUUUGUAUCAUGACAUGUUCUUGGAGGGUGUCAUUGCUAACACAGUAACGUACAAUACGUUGAUUAGUGCACUUCUUAUGAGAGAUUCAGUUCAACAAGCAUUUAAGCUUGUCGAUGAAAUGCUAUUUAAAGGGUGUCCUUUAGACAGUAUUACGUAUAAUGGCCUUAUUAAAGUUCUGUGUAGAACUGGGUCAGUUGAAAAAGGAUUGGGAUUGUUUGAAGAAAUGCUUGGGAAAGGGAUUUUUCCAACUGUUACAACUUGCAAUAUUUUGAUCAGUGCCUUGUGUAGAACUGGAAAAGUAAAUGAUGCUUUAAAAUUUCUCCGGGAUAUGAUUCAUCGUGGUUUGACACCAAAUGUAGUCAGUUAUAACUGCCUGAUCAAUGGUCUUUGCAAGAUGGGUCAUGUUCAAGAGGCACUAAACAUUUUUAAUAGGUUACAAGGUGAAGGAAUUUGUCCUGAUGAUAUUACAUAUAACACACUGAUCAGUAGACACUGUCAUGAGGAUAUGUUUAAUGAUGCGUGUCUGCUUUUACAUAGAGGCGUAGAUAAUGGGUUCAUUCCCAAUGAAAUCACUUGGUCAAUACUGAUAAACUAUUUUGUAAAAAAAAUGCCACGGGGAGCAAGACUUUCUAAGGAUUACAUGGUGGAAUUUGGAGCUUCUUCUCCAAUCCAUGUGAGAGGCACCCUUCUUCUUCUUGUUGUUGUUGAUUUUGAGAUGAAUCGUGUACUGCUUCCGAAGCACGUUGCGGCGGUGGUGAAAGCCCAAAAGGACCCUCUGAAAGCGCUGGAAAUGUUCAACUCGGCGAAAAAGGAGUCUGGCUUCAAGCACACGCUGCUAACGUACAAGUGCAUGGUGCAGAAGCUGGGCCAUCACGGCGAGUUCGAGGAGAUGGAGAAGGUGCUUUCGGAAAUGAGAGAGUACGUCAGCAACGCGCUUCUGGAAGGCGCGUACAUCGAGGCCAUGAAAAACUAUGGUAGGAAGGGGAAGGUUCAGGAAGCAGUGGACACCUUCGAACGCAUGGACUUCUACAACUGCGACCCCUCCGUUCACUCCUACAACGCCAUUAUGAACAUUUUGGUGGAGUACGGUUACCAUGACCAAGCCCACAAAGUAUACAUGAGGAUGAGAGACAGAGGGGUGGAAUCUGAUGUGUACACCUACACCGUAAGGAUCAAGUCCUUCUGCAGAACUUCCAGGCCUCACGCUGCUCUCAGACUCCUUCGAAACAUGCCUGAACUUGGGUGUGAUUUCAAUGCUGUCGCCUAUUGCACUGUCGUUGCUGGGCUGUAUGAUUCUGGUGACCAUGCUGAUGCGAGUGUUCUGUUUGAUGAAAUGCUUGCGCGGUGUUUGUGCCCCGAUGUUGUCACGUUUAAUAAACUUUUGCAUGUCCUUUGCAAAAAAGGUCUUGUUUCUGAAAGUGAGAAGCUUCUCGGCAAGGCUUUGAAGAGGGGGGUUUGUCCCAAUUUGUUCACAUUUAAUAUUUUUGUUCAAGGGCUUUGUAGGGAAGGGGCUCUUGACCGUGCUGUUAGGUUGUUGGAUAGUGUGUUGAGGGAGGGAUUGAGUCUUGAUGUCGUCACUUAUAAUAUAUUGAUAUGUGGUCUGUGUAGGAAUUCGUGGGUUGUGGAGGCAGAAGAUUACUUGCGGAAAAUGGUGAAUGAUGGAUUUGAGCCUGAUGCUUUUACCUAUAAUAGUAUUAUUGAUGGGUACUGCAAGAAGGGGAUGGUGCAAUGUGCAAAUAGGGUGCUGAAGGAUGCAAUUUUUAGGGGUUUUAAACCUGAUGAGUUUACUUAUUGUUCCCUAAUUAAUGGGUUUUGCCGGGACGGUGACCCUGAUCAAGCCAUGGCUGUCUUUAAGGAUGGACUGGGAAAAGGUUUGAGGCCGAGCGUUGUUGUUUACAAUACCUUGAUUAAAGGGUUGUCUCAGCAGGGUCUUAUUUUACCCGCUUUGCAAUUGAUGAAUGAGAUGUCGGAAAAUGGUUGUCAACCCAAUAUAUGGACUUAUAAUUUAGUUAUAAAUGGCUUGUGCAAGAUGGGUUGUGUGUCUGAUGCUACUCAUCUUGUAGAUGAUGCUAUUGCCAAAGGGUGCCUCCCGGACAUAUUUACCUAUAAUACUUUGAUCGAUGGCUAUUGUAAACAGAUGAAGUUAGACAAUGCAACUGAGGUAGUAAAUAGAAUGUGGAGUCUGGGCAUGACUCCCGAUGUUAUCACAUACAACACUUUGCUGAAUGGGCUUUGCAAGGCUGCAAAAUCUGAAGAAGUAAUGGAGAUUUUCAAGGCUAUGGAGGAGAAGGGAUGUGCUCCAAACAUAGUUACGUAUAACAUUAUUGUAGAGAGCCUUUGUAAAGCUAAGAAAGUAAGUGAAGCUGUAGAUUUGCUUGGGGAAAUGAAAAGCAAGGGUUUGAAACCUGAUGUUGUUAGUUUUGGCACAUUGAUCACUGGGUUCUGUAAGAUUGGGGAUCUGGAUGGUGCUUACCGGUUAUUUAGAAGGAUGGAAAAACAAUAUGAUGUUUGCCAUACAACCGCAACAUAUAACAUCAUAAUCAGUGCAUUUUCUGAACAACUCAACAUGAUUAUGGCCAUGAAGCUCUUCUCUAAGAUGAAGGGCAAUGGCUGUGACCCAGACAACUAUACCUAUCGGGUUGUCAUAGAUGGCUUUUGCAAAAUGGGAAAUAUUUCUCAAGGAUACAAUUUUCUUUUGGAAAAUAUUGAAAAGGGGUUUACACCAUCAUUGACAACAUUUGGACGGGUUUUAAAUUGUUUGUGUGCAAAGGACAAGGUUCCAGAAGCAGUUAGUAUCAUCCACUGUAUGUUACAAAAGGGCAUCAUUCCAAAUACUGUAAAUACAAUUUUUGAAGCUGAUAAAAAGGUGGUAGCGGCGCCUAAGAUUCUUGUAGAAGAUUUGUUGAAAAAGGGUCACAUAACUUAUCACACUUACGAACUACUCCAUGAUGGUAUUAGAGAUAGAAAGAUACCCAAGAAAAGACUCCCAACUGCGAAUUCUCUUCAUCGAGGGGCCAAGUGACCAGCUUUUGAUAGAAGAUAAUAUCUUUUGAAAGUGAUCAUUCAUGACUCUGCCCAUGGAUAAUAUCUUUGGAAGGUAAUCAUUCAUGACCCUAUGCUCAGUUCUAACUUGCAAAGGUAUUUGGAGCUUCCAGUAGAUGUCUACUAUUAUGAUACUGAAUUUCGCAAUGCUAACCUACCAGACAUGAGUCUUCAAGCCAUAUUUUACAUUCAGAAGUGCAUUUGAAGAAUGAGGAGUAAUGAUGCUCAUCCACAUACUCAAGUCCUCGACAACCAAUGGAGAAAGAUAGCUGCUAAUUUUCGCAGCAUUAUCUUUUGAUUUGUAACAUGGAAGUUAAAAUACAAGUCAUUCUUGAAUAUCGAAAGGUUGCCGCUUCAACCAACAGGGAAGUAGAUGCACAUAUUCCUAGUUACCCUAACUUGCCACGGCAACUUAUCUGUUAGCUUGAAAAAGUGAAAGUGCACGUGAGGAUAACAUAAAUAGUUCAGAACUUCAGAUUAAAUGUACAUCUGGAACAUUUUAACGGGCUUGCACUCCGAACCUUUAAAUCAUGCAUCCUGAUGCUGAAGCAGAAGUAUAUGUGCAAGUGACUGCAACCUCUAAGUUCUGUACUUUUUCUAUUAUUUCCACCUUGAUCUAUUUUUAUUUUUAAUUUUUGUAGCAUAUGUUGACAUUAUUGAUUUUGUAGCAAGAGCAAAAGGUGGUGUAUCUUCUGCGUGCUGAAUUGAGCAAUCCCAGCAAGCAACCAACCGAUACUCCUGCAAAACAUUUACUACAAGUGAUACCCAGCACUCAUGGAGGAUUUUAUUUUCCUCGAAGAGCUGCUGAAAAAGUCUUCCCCUCCUCAUGGAAGUCAUAUUAACUUAGUGAUAUUGUCUUUUAUAUGUUUCUUUAAUUUGUUUCUCAGGAUUACUCACAGCAGCCUCCUGCUCGAGAACUAAUAGCCGGAGAUGUUCAUGAUAAUGAAUGGAAAUUUGCACACAUUUCAUGGUUUGUUGUUGUAAAGUUUUCAAUAUAAAUUUUUUAUGGUUCGUGUAUCUACAUUUCUACGUCCACUUUAUGCUGUUGCACAUAAUUACUGGUAAAGAAACACUGCUCUGAUGAUGGUCUUGCAUAUUAGAUAAAACUGUGAUCUUUCUUUAUAUCAUGCAAAGCAUUAAUUGGAGUAGCAUUGGCAGCAGGGCAUAGGUUUCUAAGCAGUAAUUUUGUUUCAUUAGGGUAUGCAUGAAUAAGAUGGCUGUGCUAUUUCUACUUCUGUCUUAUUGCAUACCGUCACAUCCUUACUUGGUUGGCUUGGAUUCUUUGCUUGUGAUGAGCCCCUAGCCCCUAACACCUUGUCCUCUUAAAAUUAACAAGAUGAACUCUUAUAGCUUGUUUGGUCAAAUUUAUUUCUAGUCCUAAACGUAGUAUUACUGUUGUAAUAUUUAAAUUUUAGUCAACCUUGGUUGGUCUAAUUUUUUGUUUUGUAUGAACAGUAUGAAAGCUGUGUUAAGAAUCAUUACAAAGUUGAGUGUAUAGUCCUUAAUCAUAUACAAAUUACCCUCUCUGGCUCUUCUACUUUUCCUGAAGAUCCUUAUCCGUAUGACGUUUGACAUUUAUUUACAGCAAACGAAAAUUGCAUAAUUUGUUAUGUUUCCAUUUCGAUCAACAUUUAGCCAAUGAAUGAGUUGAUUCCUGACUAGAAAGUUUAAUACUUCAAUUUAGAUUUAUCUGAUUCCUGAUUCUGCACAGAAGCAGUUACAUUUAAUAAUUUUGCAGGGGUUGUGAACAAUGUGUGGCACAUCAAAUACUAUCUCCACUGGAAGUGCAGCAAAUUGGGAAAGGUGUUAGUCCUUCUACUUCU